CGAAUCCAUGAGGCUCCCUCAUUCCCCUCCCUCCCAUACCAUACCAUACACAACAUCGUUGUCUCCUAUAAGUUAUAACCCACAUCGACGCCGCUCCUGGCCAUCAUCCUCCGUACUCUCUCUGUCCUGGCUCUGUGCUUGCGUGCAUGCUUGCCCUCUUCCGUUUCUCUUCACGUCGCUCUUUGUUGUCUUUGUUUCUACCUGUUGUUUCUGCUGUUUAUACAUCCCUUCUUCCCGCCUGUUGGCUGUUGUUGCAGUUAAAUUUCUCGGGAAACCAGUCAAAGGAGCCAUACUACUAUAACCAACCCCCCCUUUCUCCCCGCCGUUUUGGCGCGCCAUUGUUGCUUUUCGCAAACAAUACAGUUAUUUGUUCGUCAAUACUCUUUCGACACCCUUAGCUCGCCGCAAAGAAUACCCUUGUUGUGUGGCUAUAUCAUUUGUCGCAGAUACGGAAAGUAGUUGAGAAGACGCGUGUCAGUCCGCUUUCGUUCCCAAGAUGGCAAGUGGACAGCGGCCUCUUUCGGAGUUGAGUCCAGUGGCUCAACGUAGAAACUCCCCAAGCUGGAACCAGCGCACCAAGACCACCGUCGGUAAUGGCGAUUCAUCUCCAUUCGAUUCCUUCAAUUCCCCCCAGUCUCCAAGAUUGUUUUGGAAGGGCAGGGAUAGCGGGUCUCCAGCCAGGCCGGGUUCUGAAAACAGAAGCCCAUACGACCCUCUUGUGACCACCCCAUCAAAAAGAUCUUCCAUUGAAAAUUUAAAACGAGCAUCCCGUGUGAAAAAUAGCAGCAUUUUUGCUAGAGAGAAGAAGCAGGAAUAUGACCCUGCCCACGUCCAGGUUUUGGAACGGCCCCUUGCCACCGGUCGACCACUGAGCUCUCAAUUUAAGAAUAAUACCAAAGAAGCAGGCAGUGUGGAUGCUCGACGACAGCUGCCAUCCCAAUCUGUUUCUCCAACUAAACAAAAUCUGUAUCCCGGGAAAAUCGACUCCACAAAUAACACCCCAGUUACCCCAAAGCCGGAAAGCUCUUUCUCCCCGACGUACUCUCAUACUUCUCCAAGCAGGCCUCAAUCGUCUCCCACGAAGUCAUCUUUGACGAAAGAAAGUAGAUUCGGGAAUAGUCGUCCGUCUUUUGAUCCCGAGAGCGAGAUCUGGUCAGAUAACGAAGAUGCGGGUCCGGAUACAACACCAAGGCGUCCCUAUAUGCAUCGCCAGACUAAAAGCGUAACAUUUGAUGCAGCACCCCCUCAGAUCAACGAGUAUGAAAUGACCACCCCCGUUCCAUCAUCAAUUGCCUCGAGUUCACGGGAAGGAAGCUACGAUUCCGCUGAUAUGGACGAGGAGGAGAGUUUUGAUCGCGGUUCUUACAUGGGGGCUGAAGACAGCUUUGACGCGUCUUUGGAAGAUACAGAUAAGACUCCAGUAGUUCUACCAGAGGACUGGCGUUUUAUGAGCCCCGAUAGAGCUAGCGAGGAGUUCCAGGGGGAGGAUGACCCUUUCAGUGAAGAUUUCGGCAGCCCCGGCCCCGAUCUGAGGCCAUCUUCUGCGCAAGAAUCGCAGCCCUUCGAAUCCCAAGUGGAGUCUUUUGACUCUAACAGUGACCAUCGUCCUCUCCCACCGUUGCCCGCUUCUAGCUCUCAGUCCCAAGUAACUCCCGACCGGGCGAGUAGGCUCUCUAUGACAAUGGAACUUGCCAGUAGUGGAUCCCGCAAGUUGCCCUCCCCAUUGAGCCCGGCAUCUUGCUCGAAGGCCGAAAUAAAUGGAAUGGGCCAUGGGUCAAUGUCACUGGAAGACAGGCUUCGUCUGAUGAUGGUCCAGGACCCGGAACGCUCUCCGGAAGCCGAAAAGCAGCGUGAGCGUAGAAUGAGACGUGCUGGGAUAAAGGAUAAGAACUUUGACCGUGAGACUGAAAGUACCCCAUCGUUCAGCGACACUUCAAGUCCUAGGCAGGACAGCUCACCGUUCAAUCCGCACGUCUCUGCGCCUCAUAUUUCAAGAGAAUCCAUUCUACGAAACAUCAGAAAGCAAAAUGACGACGAAAAUGAGGACUUUUCCUCCCCACUUCGGAGCUCCAGUCCACGAUUUCACACUCCCCUAGACCCCGACAUCCCCAUCCCCUCUCUGGAGACAGACGAGGAAGAAGUCAUGAUCAAGGAAGAGCCAGCUGAGGAUGACGAUAUUUAUGAUAUCUCUGAGUAUUAUUCUCAGACUGCACACGACGGCCAUGAAGUUCAACACGAUGAUGAUAGUAAUGGAACGCAAAGUAACAAUGAAAAUGGAUACACAGACUCGGUCAACGAUCCCGACCAGCAAACUUUCAAUACCUCUAGUGAUUCGACGGAUGAUCAGAGCACGCCAGUACCGGAGAAUGCGCCACAACAAUACCGCCUGCCUGAUCUGAGCCCAGGCCGCUCUGAGUUUUCCGGUAUUACUGGUGAAGAUAACUCCGAACUCGACUUGAGUUCGUACGUUGACCGCUCUUCAACGCUUGAUGAAGCCUCUAAGCUUGCCCCCGCCUUAGAUAUGAAGUCAAUUCGGGAUUCUCUCCACCGCCAGGAAACUCCAGAUGGCCAUGGUAGCCAGGCGUCAAAAAGUGUGUAUGGUAGCGAUCAUGACGGGCCUGCGACACCCGAAUCGGUCAUUCGCCAUUCCGUUGACGACGACAUGUCCCCCACUGACGAGUUCCUCGCUAUUCCAGAUCCUCUUGCGACCAUAAAAUCGUCCAAUGGAAGCUUAAAAACGAAACCGUCCCUGAGUCCUGCAGACGUCCAUGAGAUGGCGGCAACUCGCCGUAAGGUAAGUGGACAGGAACCGCCUGUACCGUCAAUAUCAGAAGAAUCGUCAACCGGAUCCCGGCCCAGUUAUGGAGAGCAUGGCGAUCAAUUCACCUCGUUCCUAUCCGAUCUUCCCCAGCUUAAUGCGACAGUGCCAAUCAAUAAUGACAAGCGGCAAAGCUCUCUUGUGAAACUCGAUAUUCCCGUGAGCGCAAACGACGAAGGUUUAGGAUUUGGACUUGACCUGGAAUUUGACCGCGUUAUUGAGGCCCAAAAGAGAGGUUACCUCAUGAGGCACAAUACCAAAGUUAUCGUCGCAACCAGCUGCCAGGAUGAGACGUCGGAGCCAAACUCUCCUGUGGAUGGCGACCCAAGAGGCACCAAAUCUGCAGGAAGCUCUCCACGAAAACCCAGUCAACAGACGUGGACAACUGAGCCGUGGAAUGGAAAAACGAGGCGCCAAAGCAUCAAGUUAGCAGGUGGCAUGCCGAAGAAGAAGCCCGUUCCCGGAUCUGUCCCUCCAUUGCCAGGACAGGAAAGCAAUGCAAAGCAAGAAGUUGGUGGCGUGGAUGAAUCGGAAACUACCGGAGAGGAGACUGAGGAGGGUGAUGAAAGGGGACGACUCUUUGUCAAGGUAGUUGGAGUGAAGGAUUUGGAUUUGCCCCUGGCACGAGGUGAACGGUUCAACUUUGCCCUAACUCUUGACAAUGGCCUCCACUGUGUAACAACUUCGUGGCUAGAGCUUGGAAAAUCCGCUCCUAUCGGCCAAGAAUUUGAAUUGGUUGUUCUGAACGAGCUUGAGUUCCAAUUGACCCUUCAAAUGAAAAUGGAAGAGCCUAAAGUUAAACCCAGCCAAUCUGUCGUCUCGUCGCCUGGUAAAGCGGCAAAACCGCACAAGAGUUCGACAUUCAGCCGCGUGUUUGCAUCCCCAAAGAAGAGAAAGGAGUUGGGGUUGAAGCAGCAAAUGGAAGCACAGCAGCUCAAACAGCAGAAAGCUGAAGAAAAGGCUUUGGCUGAGAAAAAGAACCCAUGGGACGCGCUUCGGAAUUUAGUUUCCAGCGAUGGCAGCUUUGCUCGUGCUUACGUUUCUCUGAGUGAUUACGAGAAAGGGGCAUUUGGGAGACCAAUGACUGUCGAUGUAACUUGUUUCAACGAGUGGGCAACUGACCCUGUUAAUAAUUCAAAGAACAGGAGAUCCAUGGCCUACUCUGCAGGGUCCGGGAUGCAGCAACGACCCCCCUACCAGAUUGGCAAACUGGAACUUCAGCUUCUCUAUGUCCCUAAGCCCAAAGGGGCCACGGAUGAUGAUAUGCCAAAGAGUAUGAACGCCUGCAUUAGGGAGAUGAGAGAAGCCGAUAAUGCAGCUGCAAGAUCAUGGGAGGGAUUUUUGUCUCAACAGGGUGGAGACUGCCCUUACUGGCGUCGACGUUACUUUAAACUUCAGGGGUCAAAGCUUACCGCGUACCACGAAACUACUCGCCAACCUCGGGCUACCAUCAAUUUGGCCAAAGCAUCCAAGCUGAUCGAUGAUAAGUCUACAUUAACCCAGAAAGAAACGUCCGGGAAAGGCGGUCGCCGACGUAAAUCAGCCUUCGCGGAGGAAGAGGAGGGCUACAUGUUUGUGGAGGAAGGUUUCCGCAUCCGAUUUGGUAACGGCGAAAUAAUUGAUUUCUAUGCCGAUAGUGCCCUGGCAAAGGAAGGCUGGAUGAAAGUCCUUGCCGAGACUGUUGGAAAGGGACAGGCAGCCGGUGCUAGCGGACAGCCUAAGGCGUGGACGGAGCUUGUUCUUAAGCGGGAACGUAGCAUUGCUGCGAAGAUUGAGGCGGCUGGCCGUGGUACGGGACAUCCUCCGCCGAGUCCAACGAAGGAUCAAUUUGGUCCUCCAUUAGCCAAGCCUCCCGCACCUGCGCCUGCGCCAGCGCCAGCGCCAAAACCCAAACACCAGCAUAACCUUUCGCAACCUGAAGCUGGAAAACAUGGUUCUCGCCAUCAGAAGACACAAUCUUUGCUCUUCUACUAAUGGGCUAACCUUUUCAAUACCUUGCUCGAUUUUUUCCAAUUUUCGCUUCUCUCGUUUUCUCAUGCUGGCCCUGAGUUUAUCUUCCCCCUCUCUAGUGAUUUUUAGUGUUUCUGUCCCUGCUCAGUAUCUGACUGCUCGUUUUCUUCUCAUAUGUUGGCUCUUUUUCUUUUUGAUAUAUCUGGAUUUUCUUAGGGCACCGUCCUUUUUCCCCCGAUUUUUAUUAAGUGAAAUAUUUCAGAUCCUUCUUUUCUCUCUUUGAGAUUUGUCCUUUUAGCUUUCUUUUGCGGCUUCCUUUUGUUUUUCCUUUCCUCCUUUUUUUGACCUUCCCACCUUUGUUUGUUCACACUGUUUUGUUCCAGCGAUGAAGAAAAGAUUGAAAUUAACAAUGGGAAAUGUCAGUGAGAGUGAAUGAGUAUUACGAUAUCGUUUCUUGUUUUGUUUGAAACUGAACGGCUUUUUGGCCCCUUCCAUGCCACAUUUUAUUAGCCUAUAGGCUAAUUGUUUUCCUUUGACUGACUGCCUUCUGUUGCUUAUUCCUUUGUGUAUUGUACCUUUCUUGACUUUUUUGUUUUGCGUCAUAUUCGACAAGUCCUCUGAUUUUGUGGAUGUGCGUGGUGUCCGCUGUGGUUGACCUUUUAUAAUUGCGAUGGAAACAUAUUUUGUGUUGAAAUUUUGCGUUUCUAUAUGUACUGUAUAUGCUAAGUUAAUGCAAGAAUUAUUGGCUUCUUAUUUAUAUUUUUUCUCUAUAUACCUUUGCGAUGGGAUCGA